AUGUCAACCAAGCCAUCGCUCCAAGCCGCCGAGGACUUCUUGUCCUUCGUUAACGAUUCACCGACCCCUUUCCAUGCUGUCAAACAGUCCAAGGAUAGGCUAGAGAAGGCGGGCUUUAAGCAGAUUAAAGAGCGGGACUCGUGGGCGUCCACCCUGCAGCCAGGCGGGAAGUACUACCUCACCCGGAAUGGCUCCUCCAUCGUCGCAUUCGCCAUCGGCAAGAAGUGGAAACCCGGUAACCCUAUUGGCAUGAUCGGUGCGCAUACCGACUCAUGUUGCCUUCGUCUCAAGCCCGUUUCCAAACGUCAGAGCGAUGGAUUUCUCCAGGUGGCAUGCGAGACAUAUGGAGGUGGUCUAUGGCACACGUGGUUCGACCGAGACCUGUCCAUUGCUGGGCGGCUGAUGGUCAGGACGAAGCAGGGCAACAUCGAGAGCCGUCUGGUCAAGGUUGAGAAGCCCAUUCUGCGGGUUCCGACCCUGGCUAUUCAUCUCGAUCGUCAGGAAGACUUCAAGUUCAACAAAGAAGCUCAGCUAUUCCCCAUCGCCGGCAUGGUCGCGGCGGAGUUGAAUAGGCAGGGUAAGUCUGCUGAAGCCGCCAAAGAGGAGGAAAACAAAGAGGGACCAGUUGAACCGCUGGCUGCUCCUAUGAAGAGGCACCACACAUAUCUUGUUGAGAUAGUUGCCGAAGAGGCUGGCGUGGACCCCAACGAUAUCCUAGACUUUGAGCUGGUCUUAUAUGACACCCAGAAAGCCGUCGUGGGCGGCUUGAACGACGAACUCAUCUUCUCUGCGCGCCUCGACAACCUGAUGAUGUCCUAUUGCAGCGUGGAGGGUUUGAUUCAGAGCGUCGCAUCGUCUUCUUCAUUAGAGAAAGACUCCACCAUCCGCCUAAUUGCUCUUUUCGACCACGAGGAGAUAGGAAGCCGAACCGCACAGGGUGCGGACUCCAACCUCCUUCCUGCUGUUAUUCGUCGCCUUUCUGUGCUACCUCCUUCUGAGAGCUCCCAUUCCGACAAAUCCUACGACAAGCUGGAUGUUGACUCGGCGACCGUCUACGAACAAACGUUGGCGACAUCUUUCCUAAUUUCCGCCGAUAUGGCCCACUCUGUACACCCCAACUACCCCGCAAAGUACGAGUCACAGCAUCGGCCCGAGAUGAACAAGGGCACUGUAAUCAAGAUCAACGCCAACGCUCGAUAUGCUACAAAUUCACCCGGAAUAGUGCUGGUGCAAGAGGCAGCUCGUCUAGCCAAGAGAGGUUCCGCAAGCCCUUCUUCGGUCAAGGAAGGCGUACCACUUCAGCUUUUCGUCGUUAGGAACGACUCUUCCUGCGGAAGCACCAUCGGGCCUAUGCUUUCAGCCGCAAUGGGUGCUCGCACGCUUGACUUGGGCAACCCUCAAUUGAGCAUGCACAGCAUCAGGGAAACUGGUGGGGCGCACGACGUUGAGUAUGCGAUCAAUUUGUUUGAGAGUUUCUUUGAGCACUUCGAAGAGCUUGAGAAGAAGAUUGUUGUUGAUUGA